AUGGGACCUAUAAUCAGUAGCAGGUGGGACCAGUUUACCAUCAGCAGGUUCAGUGAGGACAAUCUCAUGUACAGACAUCUGAGCAACAAAACUCCUCACCAAGGGGCUACCAAGGAAGUAAAUGACAACUCAGGGGGUGUACAGCUUACAGAGAGAAUAAUCAUCCUUUUUGUGGUGAUCACCAGUCAAGAGGAAGUCCAAGAGAAAUAUGUGGUGUGUGUUUUAUUCAUCUUUUGGAAUCUAUUGGAUCUGGUUAGGUACACUUAUAGCAUGUUAUCAGUCACAGGAAUAUCCUAUGCUGUCUUGACAUGGCUCAGUCAAACACUAUGGAUGCUGAUUUAUCCUCUCUGUGUUCUAGCUGAAGCAUUUGCCAUCUAUCAGUCGCUGCCCUAUUUUGAAUCAUUUGGCACUUACUCCACCAAGCUACCCUUUGACUUAUCCAUCUAUUUCCCAUAUGUGCUGAAAAUAUAUCUCAUGAUGCUCUUUAUAGGUAUGUAUUUUACGUACAGUCAUCUUUACUCAGAAAGAAGAGAUGUCCUCAGAGUCUUUCCCAUUAAAAAGAAGAAAAUGUAAAGCACAGCAUUCUGAUGUGGCAUGCAAAAAGGCGGGUGGAUUCAGCUGCAAUAAAUACAAAACAGGAAGUAUGCUGGUGGAAAAAUACCUAGUAUUUGACAAAAAUCCACGACACGAAAUAAUUGCACAGGUCCCCAAACUCUAGACAUAUCAUCACAGUUUAUAUUCCUCACACACUGUAUUUUCAGAACAUAUACUUUGCAUACACUGUUUCACCAAAGCUAUGGAUUUUAAACAAGUUACAUUUAUAUUGUGUAAUGGCUGAUUAUUUUCCUGUAAGGUUAAUGAGAAAUAGAUUAACUGGAGUAGAUUUAAUUAAAUUGAGAAAUCAAACUUGAUGAUCUAAAUUACAUGUAUUCUUUUUCAUUUCUGAGUUCUCAAAUAGCAUUAGAUACAUAGGAGGGGACCAAUGUAAAAUAUGCUCUGCAGUUGUCUAGAAUAACAUAUUUUACAGAUAGUGUCAUUUUCUGUCCCCAAAGCUAAUAAUUCAAUACCCUCCUUAAACAUUAGAUACAUUUAAAAAAUUAAACAUCUUUCCAAGCCUUAUGUCUGAACGUGGACUGCUAUAACAAAACACCAUAAACUGGGUGGCUUAAACAACAAACUUAUUUCUAAUAGUUCUGGAGGCUGGGAAGUCCAAGAUCAAGGUGUCAGUUGAUUCAGUUCCUGGAGAGGGCCCUCUUCCUGAUUUGCAGAUGGAUGCCUUCUUGCUGUAUCCUCAGAUGACAGAGAGACCAAUUCUUUCAUGUCUCUUCUUACAAGAGUACUAAUCCCAUUCAUGAGGGCUCCCCCCUCAUGACCUAAUUACUUCCCAGAGGCCCCACCUCCAAAUAUAGUCACAUUGGGGAAACAUAAAGAUUCCCUCUGUAGCAUUCUGCACCUAGCCCCUCAAAAUUCAUGUCCUUGUCACAUGUAAAAUACAUUCAUUCCAUCCCAACAGCCUCAAAAGUCUUAACUCAUUCCCACAUCAACUCUGAAGUCUAAAGUCUUAUCUAAAUAUCAUCUAAAUCAGAUGUGGGUAAGGUACAAUUCAUGCUGAGGCAAAAUUCCCUUCCAGCUAUGAACUUGUGAAACCAAACAAUUUAUCAGCUUCAUAAAUACAGUGGUAAAACAGGCACAGGGGAGACAUUCCCAUUCCAAAAGGGAGAAAUGACAGAAGGAAGGGGUAAUGGAUCCCCAACAAGUCCAAAACCUAGUGAGGCAAACUCCCAUGAGAUCUUAAGGCUCAGGAAUAAUCCUCUUUGGUUUGAUUCUCUGUCUUCAGGACCCACUGGGGCAGAGGUCUUGCCCCCAGGACUCUGCUGGGGAAGGACAAGCACCCCAACUUCAGACUGUCCUGCCCCCAUGGCUCUAUGUAGAGUCUGUCUGGCCUUGUUGAAACCAAGGCAAUGGCUGCCCCUUUUAAAACUAAGGGGUUAGCCCUGAACUAUGAAUCAUCUUCGGAGUCAUUCUUCCCUUGUCUUGAAGAAUUGUGUACACUCACAGCUGAAUAGCUCUGUGGCCCUGUCCUGUAAAAUCCAAGAAGUCUAACAGCCUUCCUUCAUUCUGACCCUUCUCCAUCCCUUCAGUUCAACCUAGCAGUGUUCCUGCUGGGAUGGCUGAUAAGGUCUGUGGUUCACACACACACAUUAAUCACACACGAAUCUCCUUGUUGAAUGGUCAGUCCACCCACAAACUUAGUGCGAACACAUUUUCUCAUUUUUUGUAAUGUGGACAGGCUGAGAAUUUUCCAAACUUUUAAGUUCUGCUUCCUUUUUGGUUAACAAUUCUGUCUUUGAUUUAUUUCUUUUUUCUCACAUUUUACUCUAAGCAGUCAUGAGGAACCAAAUUACUCCUUCAAUACUUUGCUUAGAAAUCUCCUCAGCUAAAUAUCCAAUUUCAUUGCUCACAAGUUUCACCUUCCACAAAACACUAGAACAUGAACACAAUUCAGCCAAGAUCACUGCCACUUUAUAACAAAAUGACCUUUCCUUCAGUUUAAAAUAAAAUUUCCUCAUUUCCAUCUGAGACCUCAUCAGAAUGGUCUUUACCAUCCAUUCUGUUCAUGAUUGUUUAUGCUAAGAAGAUGGAGGCUUUCUUUCCAGCUUCUCUUCUUCUGCCUUCAUCAAUCCCUUCAUGACAAUAUUGUUGUUUUUCUAGCAUGAACCUCAAAAUUCUUCUAGCUUCUAACCAUUACUUAAUUUCAAAGCUGCUCCCACAUUUUUAUGUAUUGGUUAUAUAAGCACUUCACUUCUUGGUCCCAACUGCUAUCUUAGCUUGGACUUCUAUAACAAAAUACCAUAAACUUGGUGGCUUAGAAAACAGAAAUAUAUUUCUCACAGUUCUGGAGGCUGAGAAGUCCAAGACCGAGGUACCAGCCAAUUCAGCUCCUGGUGAGGUUCCAAGGUGCUGGCUGAUUCUUCUUUGUGGUUUGUAGAUAGAUGCCUUCUUGCUGUAUCCUUACAUGGUGAAGAGAAAUGUAAUCUCUUCUAUGUCUGUUAUUGUAAGGGCAUUAAUCCCAUUUGUGAGGUCUCCACUUUCAUGACUUAAUUACUUUCCAAAGGCCCCACCUCCAAAUACUAUCAUACUGGGGAUUAGGUCUUCAACAUAUUAAUUUGGGGGGAGGGGGGUACAAACAUUCAGUGCAUAGCAAUAUCACAUAAGGUUAUUUGGGCUUUGAUGCCCAAAAGGGGACCCUAAUGAAAACAAAAUACACAAAUAAUGCCCCAUACUAUACUACUUUUUAAUUUUAAAAAUCAGGACACAUACAUACCUUAUAGGGAGACAAAAGGUACAAAAAAUACAAUAAAUACUUUAAAGGGAGGCAAAACAAUUAAGAACUAGUGGUAUUUUGGAUUAUUUAUUACUGAAUUAUUACUAGCUACUACAAUGAAAGUCACAUAUGUCAUCACAUAUAGUUUUGAAAAAUGUUUUCCUUGAAGAUCUAAAGAAUGUGUGAAGAAUUGCCUAAGAAUAAUUUGUUCACCAUCAAUGUAUCCUUCAAUUUGGGAGGAAAGAAUUGUAGAGAUCUUAUCCAGUAACUAUAUAAAAAGGGUAUUGAAUAUAUUGUGAUAUAAGAACCAGGUAAUAAAAAUGUAAUUUUAAAAAAAUGGGUAUCAUUUCUACUAAAUAAAACAUUUGAAAAGAAACAAUUGAGUAUUAAUAAAGAUACUUUGUAUCUUUAUAAAUAUAUUUGAAAUUUAAAAAUAAUUAAAAUUAUCCUUUUAAAAAGCUA